CUACACUCACCAAACGAAGCUCAUUGUUGUUGCGUUGCUCUUACUCCACACAUCGGCUUCCUCUUCUUCCUCUUCCCCUGGAGCUGCAGGCAUGUUGAAACCACUGUUUCAAUACAUAGAUGACCACCAAAAUCAGUUUGUUCAGGUGAGGGACGGGCACUCUUAUGACAUACCUACUCUCUGUUACUGAACUGUACAAUGACACAAAUAUACAUGUUUAUGUGCUGUAGCGAGGUGAAUAGAGAGAAACCAAAGCAAAGUAAUGAGAGAGAUAGAGAAUGGGGGGAGUGAGAGAAAGAGAGUGAGAGAGAGGGGGGGGGGGGGGUUGAAAUGGGAAUGUGGUUUAACACUUCAAAGAUAAAUACUGUGGUAUCUGAUUAAGUCAUCAAAAUGAUUCUGAAUGUGGGUCACAUUCAGGUUUCCCGAGUGACGCAGUGGUCUAAGGUACUGCAACGCAGUGCUAGCUGUGCCACUAGAGAUCCUGGUUUGAAUCCAGGCUCUGUCGUAGCCGGCUGGGAGACCCAUGGGGCGGCGCGCAAUUGGCCCAGCGUCGUCCAGGGUAGGGGAGGGAAUGGCCGGCAGGGAUGUAGCUCAGUUGGUAGAGCAUGGCGUUUGCAACGCCAGGGUUGUGGGUUCGAUUCCCAUGGGGGGCCAGUAUAAAAAAAUAAUGUAUGCACUCACUAACUGUAAGUCGCUCUGGAUAAGAGCGUCUGCUAAAUUACUUAAAUGUAAAUGUCAGUGGUGCUGUUGCAGUGUUCUCUGCAAAUAUUCCUGACCUAGACAGUCUAUGGCUGUGUCCAGUUAUUAUUAUACAAUCUAUGCCAUAUUCUGACCCUCUCCUGGUUGCUGCCUGACUCAGAGGCUGACGGAGUGGGUUGCUGUCCAGAGUGACUCAGGAGAUCACACUAAAUGGGGAGAAGUUGAAAGAAUCCUGAACAUGACAGCAGUGAGGAUCCAAGAGAUGGGAGGCAUAGUGGAGUUAGCAGAUGUAGGCACUCAUCAGGUAGACUACAAUACACACUCAGUUUGUGUGAAAACACUCACCACCAGUCAUACGUAUUAUUCUCCAGAUAAUGGAGUAAUAUUCUGUCUUAAAAUACCUUUUAAAAAGCAUGUACCUUUCCGGUCUAUCACACAAGCUGCCCAGUGGGGAGACUGUGCCGCUUCCACCAGUGAUACUGGCUGAGUUUGAGAGGGACCCAAAGAAAUCUACUCUCUGUAUCUAUGGCCAUGUGGAUGUCCAGCCAGCCAAGAUGGCGGACGGCUGGACCACUGACCCUUUCAAUCUAACAGAGAUCAAAGGUAUUGCUGCAUGUUACAUGCCAUGAAUGGAGGGGUUUGAUGUAGGUCCAAAACAAAAACAGAAGCUGGACAAAAAUAAAGUCUAUUUUGAGAAAACGUAAUGUCCACUCACUGUUUUGCUGGGCCAAAAUUUGAUAUUUUUAACAAAUCAAAGUUUGAUUACUUAGAAAAAAUAGGAAAGUCCACUCACUGUUUUGCUGCUCCCAUAUGGGAUCUUUUAAUAAACCUUAGAUGAUAUAAUCACAACCAGGUUGCCUGCCUGCCAUUCAUAGGCCAGCUUCAACUAGCUCAUGUACCCUGGUAUUACAAGUGUGAUAAUAUGAGGAUGAUGGUGGCUCAAGGUUUUGGUUCCCUAGGUAACCUGUAUGGGCGAGGGGCCACGGACAACAAAGGGCCGGUCCUGGCCUGGCUUCAUGCUGUGGAGUCCUACCUGGCCACAAAGAAGGUUAGGAUUUGCCCUGAAACAACACAGCUGAAAUCUGAAUCUUUAUGUUUCGCUAGCAGUCUCUAGUUAGUUUUCAGACAUUCUCUAACCCAUUCAGCAUUGCUUUACAUAGUGGUGCUCUGUAGCUCAGCUGGUAGAGCACGGCGCUUGUAACGCCAAGGUAGUGGGUUCGAUCCCCGGGACCACCCAUACACAAAAAAAUUUUUAUGCACGCAUGACUGUAAGUCGCUUUGGAUAAAAGCAUCUGCUAAAUGGCAUAUUAUUAUAUUAUUAUUAUUAUUAUAUUACAUAGCAAUGGUUAUUAAAGGGUUUCUGUAAUCUAUGUAUCAUAACCUGAGUGUUUGGAGUAAUCUGUGAGUCUGAGUAUAAAACAAUUUAUGGGAUUGUAGUGGAGUCAAACAGUAUAUGAAUAAGAGAAGAGUGACUUACUGGUAGGAUUGCCUGGAUCUAUUGAUUUCAGGAGAUACCAGUAAAUAUAAAACUCAUCAUUGAGGGUCUGGAGGAGGUGGGCUCAUACGGUCUGUUGGAGUUGACCAGGAAGAGAAACGACAGCUUCUUUGCAGAUGUGGACUUCAUAGUGAUCUCUGACAACGUGUGGGCGACCAGAACCCCAGCCCUGACCUACGGAACCAGAGGGAGCAGCUAUUUCUUUGUGGAGGUGAUGAUAUACAGUGGGGGAAAAAAGUAUUUAGUCAGGCACCAAUUGUGCAAGUUCUCCCACUUAAAAAGAUGAGAGAGGCCUGUCAUUUUCAUCAUAGGUACACGUCAACUAUGACAGACAUAUUGAGAAAAGAAAUUCCAGAAAAUCACAUUGUAGGAUUUUUUAUGAAUUUAUUUGCAAAUUAUGGUGGAAAAUAAGUAUUUGGUCACCUACAAACAAGCAAGAUUUCUGGCUCUCACAGACCUGUAACUUCUUCUUUAAGAGGCUCCUCUGUCCUCCACUCGUUACCUGUAUUAAUGGCACCUGUUUGAACUUGUUAUCAGUAUAAAAGACACCUGUCCACAACCUCAAACAGUCACACUCCAAACUCCACUAUGGCCAAGACCAAAGAGCUGUCAAAGGACACCAGAAACAAAAUUGUAGACCUGCACCAGGCUGGGAAGACUGAAUCUGCAAUAGGUAAGCAGCUUGGUUUGAAGAAAUCAACUGUGGGAGCAAUUAUUAGGAAAUGGAAGACAUAAAAGACCACUGAUAAUCUCCCUCGAUCUGGGGCUCCACGCAAGAUCUCACCCCGUGGGGUCAAAAUGAUCACAAGAACGGUGAGCAAAAAUCCCAGAACCACACGGGGGGACCUAGUGAAUGACCUGCAGAGAGCUGGGACCAAAGUAACAAAGCCUACCAUCAGUAACACACUACGCCGCCAGGGACUCAAAUCCUGCAGUGCCAGACGUGUCCCCCUACUUAAGCCAGUACAUGUCCAGGCCCGUCUGAAGUUUGCUAGAGUGCAUUUGGAUGAUCCAGAAGAGGAUUGGGAGAAUGUCAUAUGGUCAGAUGAAACCAAAAUAGAACUUUUUGGUAAAAACUCAACUUGUCGUGUUUGGAGGACAAAGAAUGCUGAGUUGCAUCCAAAGAACACCAUACCUACUGUGAAGCAUGGGGGUGGAAACAUCAUGCUUUGGGGCUGUUUUUCUGCAAAGGGACCAGGACGACUGAUCCGUGUAAAGGAAAGAAUGAAUGGGGCCAUGUAUCGUGAGAUUUUGAGUGAAAACCUCCUUCCAUCAGCAAGGGCAUUGCAGAUGAAACGUGGCUGGGUCUUUCAGCAUGACAAUGAUCCCAAACACACCGCCCGGGCAACGAAGGAGUGGCUUCGUAAGAAGCAUUUCAAGGUCCUGGAGUGGCCUAGCCAGUCUCCAGAUCUCAACCCCAUAGAAAAUCUUUGGAGGGAGUUGAAAGUCCGUGUUGCCCAGCGACAGCCCCAAAACAUCACUGCUCUAGAGGAGAUCUGCAUGGAGGAAUGGGCCAAAAAUACCAGCAACAGUGAGUGAAAACCUUGUGAAGACUUACAGAAAAUGUUUGACCUGUGUCAUUGCCAACAAAGGGUAUAUAACAAAGUAUUGAGAAACUUUUGUUAUUGACCAAAUACUUAUUUUCCACCAUAAUUUGCAAAUAAAUUCAUUAAAAAUCCUACAAUGUGAUUUUCUGGAUUUAUUUUCUCUCAUUUUGUCUGUCAUAGUUGACGUGUACCUAUGAUGAAAAUUACAGGCCUCUCUCAUCUUUUUAAGUGGGAGAACUUGCACAAUUGGUGGCUGACUAAAUACUUUUUUUCCCCACUGUACCUCAUUUGAUUGGUCAAAUUAAAAUAUGACACACUCUACCAGGGUACCAUUUGUUCAGUAUCUUUCUCUGUUAUGUGUUUUAGGUUGAUGGCCCUAAACUGGACCUCCAUUCUGGAGUGUAUGGGGGUUCUAUCCAGGAGCCCAUGUCAGAUCUGAUAGCCUUACUGGGUGAGAUACAGAGGCGUUUGACUGACAGCUCUUCCAAUCCUCAAGAAAAUAUAGGCUCUACUCUCUUGUCUGAUAGUAAAAAUUAACAUUUCAUUCCAUUAUAGUUCAGGUCAGAAGUCCCUGCACCAAGCAAGAAAUUAAGAUAAAGUUGUAUAUGAGCUAAGGUGCUUACCCAAACUCAGUUCUAGUUAAAACAUGUUUCAUCCAAAAAUGUCUUCAUUAUUUCUUAUUCCUCCCAAACAGGAAGUCUGUUGGACCACACAGGUAAGAUCCUAGUUCCUGGGGUCACUGAUGAUGUCGUGCCCCUCACUGAGGAUGAGAGGAAGCUCUAUGACAAUAUCAGCUUUGACCUGGAGGAGAUGAAGAGGGUGGCUGGGGUCAAACACUUCCUACAGGACACUAAGGUACUGGGUACUGGUGCAACCCUAAAGGAAUGACAGGUGCAACUGUGACUCAGGUUUGGGUUGGUUGAGAGGACUAGCCUGGCCCCAGUCUGUUUGUGCUGUCUUACCAAUUUUGGUCAUUGUCAUGCCAAACAUAACAACCAUUGGAGUUGGCUAUACUAAACUAAUCUGGGCGUGAGGAGGAAGACGUGUUUGGUCAGUGGAUACUGUAGAAGUCGAUGUUUGACAGAGGGUGAUUACUCUUUUUUGGAUACACACUAUCUGAGCUAUAUAACAUGAUACAAACAAACUGUGUUCAUUAAUAUGCAGGAGGAUGUCCUCAUGGCUCGAUGGCGUUACCCAUCCCUGUCCAUCCAUGGGAUCCAGGGGGCCUUCUCAGAUCCAGGCACCAAAACUGUCAUCCCCAAACAGGUCACAGGGAAGUUCUCCAUCCGACAGGUCCCCAACAUGGACCCUCCAGAUGUGGAAAGGAAGGUACAGAGUGUCUACCUGUCAUGGUUUGAAUUACAGGGGUACCAGGGUUGUUGGGACAGGAGCAUAACCAUAACAAGGAUCAAAAUACAAGCAUGGACAUCCUCGUAACCCCUGUAACCAGUGAGUGAUUAGUAAGUGACUAUAAGUUGCUCUGGAUAAGAGCGUCUUCUAAAUGACCAAAAUGUAAAUAUAUGAGUCUCUGAGUAAGUGUACAGUAUAGAAACGGUGGCCCACUCGAUCUUGGUCACUCCAAGAGUCAAUGUGUAUAUUUAAAACCCUGAAACGAAUGCUAACAUAACCACCCUCUCCAAGCCUCCAUGUCCAACUCUCCCCUGUUACAAUGCCAUGUUUCACAGGUGAAGGAGCACCUUCAGCAGGUCUUCUCCACUCUAAACAGCCACAACAGGCUGAGGGUGACUGCAACUGUUGGGGCUAAACCAUGGGUGGCUAACCUGAAGGACCCACAAUACAUUGCCGGACAAAGAGCGGUCAGAGAGGGUCAGUUGUAGAGGCCAUUUACAUAACCUCUCUCAUUUGAAACCAUGUCUAACUUUAUUGUUUAAGUUAAGAUGUGGUUUACCCUUGUGUUAGUGUUUGGAGUGGACCCGGAGCUGAUCCGUGAGGGCUCCACCAUCCCUAUCGCUCAGAACUUCCAGGAGGAGACAGGCAAGAGUGUGAUGAUGCUGCCCAUAGGUGGCCAUGACGACGGAGAGCACUCUCAGAAUGAGAAGAUCAGCAGGUAAGAGGAGAUGAGAAAAAGAAGAGAUACGAUUCCAGACAUGUUUUCACCCCUAAAUUCGUUUUUUAGUUUGUACACGGCAAAUUAAUCAUGACAAACAUCAACACAGAUGUAGUUCAGUUCUUGUUCAGUAAAAUACUGAAUCCUGUUUUUCUCUCUCAGGUACAACUACAUUGAGGGGACGAAGCUGUUUGCGGCUUAUUUUUAUGAGCUCUCACUACUACAGUAG